CUCAGCAGACACCAAAUGCAGAAAACAAGCUUCCCCAGGCUGUGCAGAGGCAGCCUCUCACAGGUUCUUCUUUACCAUCCUCAAAGGCCUCCCACCCAGAGAAAUGGCUGCAGAAAAUGACUCCACAGUGACAGAGUUCCUUCUUGGGGGAUUAACAACACAGCCAGGGCUCCAGCUCCCCCUCUUCAUCCUCUUCCUGGGGAUCUACGUGGUCACCAUGGUGGGAAACCUGGGCAUGAUCACCCUCAUUUGUCUCAACCCUCAGCUUCACACCCCCAUGUACUUCUUCCUCAGCAACUUGUCACUCGUGGAUCUCUGCUACUCCUCUGUCAUUACUGCCCUCUGCUCUGUGCUGGUUGCUCUGGUCUACGCCACUGGACUAAUUGGUUCAACAAUAGGGACUGGCCUCAUGUUAAAACUGCGCUAUUGUGAGCCCCUCAUCAGCCACUACUUCUGUGACAUCCUCCCCCUGAUGAAGCUCUCCUGCUCCAGCACCUAUGAUGUAGAGAUGGUAGUCUUUUCCCUAGCUGGAUUCGACAUCACAGUCACUAGCUUAACCGUCCUUGUUUCCUACACCUUCAUCCUGUCUAGCAUCCUCCGCAUCAGCUCCACAGAGGGUAGAUCCAAAGCCUUCAGCACCUGCAGCUCCCACCUUGCAGCCAUGGGGCUGUUCUAUGGAUCCACUGCAUUCAUGUACUUAAAGCCCUCCACUGCCACUUCCCUGGCCCAGGAGAACGUGGCCUCUGUGUUCUACACCACAGUGAUCCCCAUGCUCAACCCUCUGAUCUAUAGCCUGAGGAACAAGGAGGUAAAGGCUGCCCUUCAGAAGACACUGAGGAGGAAACUCUUUUAAUGCAAAUGUAAUUAUUCUUCUCAAUAUAAAAACAAGUUGUUAUCAGAGGAUGCCCUCUGCAUGCCUACCCAAUUGAGAUGGGAAACAAUCACAUUUCUAUGUGGUUGGAAGAAUGCCUUCUCUCCUCCUUUCCUUUUCCUCUUUCCCUCCCUCUCUCAUUUUGUUUGAUACUAGCCAAUUUCAAGUUCAUAUUCUUUCCUUUGGGAUCCAUUGCCUCUAUUAAAGCUUCAUGGUAAGCACUUUCUAUAUUAAUUUUUAAUUUAAAUAUUUUCAGUAUUAAAUUUGGGAGUUAUUCAUGGCCUUAUUGCCUUCAAUAUAAAAAAUAGUGCUCAACUCAAUUCCUAUUUAUGGCACUUGGGAGAAUUUAAGGUAAACAAAGGUGAAUUUAAGUCACAGGUAAUGAAACUCAGACUUUUUUUCAUCCAGAUUUCUCCUUCUCCUCUCUUUUUCCUCUAAUAUUCCUCCUUAAUUCCUGCCCAAGAUUUUCUGAUUCCUUCAUGUAAUUUUCUUGGUAACAAUAAUAACUGCAGCUAGCAUGUUUUGAUGUUUACUCUGAGCCAUGCAACUCUUCUUAGUGCUUUCUGUUGUAUAUUAUUUAGGUCUUUAAAAAGGUAGGUACCAUGGUACCCACCAAACAAACAUAGAAACUUGGUUUAGUAAUCUUCUUGUGGUUACACAGCUGGUAAACAACCAACACUGGAAUCAAACAACAGUCUCAUGACUACAGAGCCCACACUCUGUGAUCUCACACUUUGUCCCCUUCACUAUAGGCUGACAGUAACUUUGAACAGCCUAUUAAAACUGCCCUAGUUUUUCUCUUCCAAUUUCAAGUGGCUAAAAUUUCUCAAACCCCUUCCUUUGUCAUCUGCUCAAACCUCUUUCUCUGCAACAUCUUCAUGAUGGCUAAGGGAAGAUUACACCAGAGUGGCAGUCUCCCCCAAAUUCAUCUGGCUCUCUCCAAAUUUUAGUACUGAAAGUCCCACAUCCUGGGAAACCUCUCAAUCUCAGGCAAACCAGGAUGGCUGGUCACCAUAGGCACAACAGAUAAGACCUAGAAGUCAGGAAGCUCCAGCUGUCACUGCUGCCACCAUUGAAGAAUGUUUCCUAUACCAUGAAACUGGAAUAUAGAUGACAGAAUCCUAUAAUGAGCAUCACCUGGAAACCUAAUAAAAAUGCAGAUUUUCAGACCCCACUCCAGACCUACUGAGUUACAGGGUAGGGCCCAGCAAUCUGUUUUAACAAGCCCUCAGGUGACUCUGAUCACAAUGAAGGGGGAGAACCUCCCACUCCCACCUUUCAAAUCUUACAUAAGUACACUUAAUUAGUGGAAACUAAUUAAAUUCCAGAGAGCUAGUUGUGGGACACCUUCAGAGAAUGUCUGUGGCUCUUUUUCCCACUAACAGUCUUCCUUAACUGAAGAUAGACCCUUCAAUACUUAUUCUCUGUUUUGUAAAGACCUCUGUGUUUUCUGUUUUUUCUUGUGCAUGGAGUGUCUCCAUUAUGCUUAGAAUCAUAUCCUUUUUCCUCCUAUCAAACCAUGUUUUCCACUUAAAGACCAUCUUAGUUUUUUUGUUUAUUAACCCCUUCUUUAUUUCAAUCCUUUGCACAUUCUUGAUUCAUUUGUUUUGCUUUUGGAAAAUUAUAGAUUUUAAAAUAUUGUAGGGGAAGAUUUCACUUUAUGAAAUAGAACAUAUAUCCCCACAAUUUAAUUUUUUAUGAUAAUAUUAUUUUGAAGGGCUUUGUGGACCUAUGUAAAACAAAGAUGAAUUCUAAGUUUCAUCACUAAAUUCUUCCCCCACUAUCUUCGUGGUAAGUUUCUUUGAUCUUAGAAGUUUCACACAGUAGGGAUACAUGAUCUAGCAUCACUGUCAAAACUCAUGAGUACUACCAUUUUAAAAUCCUUUGAUUUAGCAAAAGUAACUAUAUUUCUAGUUUAGUGGGGAGAACUAAAGAGUUUCAUCAAAUACCUAUAAGAACCCUUAAUGCAUAACUUCAGAAGACAUGAAACCAUUCCUAAAUUUAUGGAUUUGCAAUAUGAAUUCCUAUUAAAGUACAUUUAUAUGUAAGUCUGUUAUAUGCAAUAAAAUUUG